CCAUGGCGGAGCUGAGCGGCGGCAGCGAGCCCGUGGCGGUGCCGCUGUGGCCGCCCGGGGAGAGCCCGCCGGGCUUCCAGUACAGCCCGGACAGCGUGGCCGGGGCAGACGGGGAGAUCGACCCCACCGAGAUCACCUUCCCGGGAUGUUCCUGCCGGAGCAGCUCCUGCGCGGCCCCCGAGUGCUCCUGCCUGGGCCGCGGUGACAACUACAGCGGGCCGUGCCUGCGGGGGGCAGAGCAGGAGGGCUUUGCCAGGCCCGUGUUCGAGUGCAACGCCCUGUGCCAGUGCGGCGAGUCGUGCCCCAACAGGCUGGUGCAGCGGGGGCUGCGGCUGCGGCUCCAGGUGUUCCGCACCCCCAGGAAGGGCUGGGGCGUCCGCGCGCUGGAGCCCAUCCCGCGGGGCACCUUCGUCUGUGAGUACGCUGGGGAGGUGCUGGGCAUGGCCGAGGCACGCAGGAGAGUCCAGGCCCAGAGCCCCCAGGAUUCCAACUACAUCAUAGCAGUGAGGGAGCACCUGCACGACGGGCGGGUCCUGCAGACCUUCGUGGACCCCACGCGCGUGGGGAACGUGGGCAGGUUCCUGAACCACUCCUGUGAGCCAAACCUGUUCAUGGUGCCCGUCAGGGUGGACUCCAUGGUGCCCAGGCUGGCACUGUUUGCAGCCACUGACAUUCCUGCUGGAGAGGAGCUGUCCUUUGAUUAUUCUGGGAGGUUCCAUAAUUCACCGGGAAGCAGCAGAGAACACAAACCUUUGGAGGAGGAUAACAGACUGAGAAAGCCCUGCUACUGUGGUUCCCCCACGUGUGCUUCCUUCUUACCUUGGGACAGCUCCCUCUUUUCCACACCAGACAGUUCUCCAUAGCCUUUCAGCCUCAAGCUUACCUAGAAAAUUGGAUUUUCUCUAGUAGUUAAAUUGCUGUUAAAUAAAACUCUGUGUUCCAACAAGGAAGCCCAUGUGGGUUUGAGUAGCAGCUAAAAGAUAAGGCUUUGAGAAUAAUUUCAUGCAACAUCCUGAAGCCUUUUCAAGGUAGAUGAUACAGGGGAUUAUUGGAGCUUCAUGAUGGUCCAAAAUCAGUUACUAAGCCAGGUCUAGUGUUUCUGUCUUGUUUUCCUCUGACAGAUUGGUGUCUAUUAAAGCAGCUCUCAGUUUGAGAGAAACCUUCUUUCAGAAAGAAUUUGUACCUUUAACACUUGUACGUGGAAAGGAUGUGUGAUAACAGCAAGAAAAGUCACUGAAAAUUACACCAGAAAAUGACACCAGAGAAUCCUGACAUUUGCAAUAAAGGCAUUUGGUUUCUUAAAACUCA